CCGAGAUCGAUCGUGGGUGGACAAGGUCAUGUUCGUGAUUCGGGGCGAGUCGCCAGAUAUAAAUGAGCUCUCGCCCUCUCUCUCGCCCUCCAUUCGAUCAGACCAAACAAGUGAUCUUUUGGGCUUGAGCAGUAGCACCUCUCGUCGCAGAUAUGGCCAGAAAGUUUUUCGUCGGGGGGAACUGGAAAUGCAAUGGUACCAGCGAGGAGGUUAAGAAAAUCGUCAGUACCCUGAACGAUGCCCAAGUUGCGUCGGCGGAUGUCGUUGAUGUUGUGGUUAGCCCACCAUUUGUUUUUCUGCCUCUUGUGAAAAGUUUGUUACGCCCUGAUUUUCACGUCGCAGCACAAAAUUGUUGGGUAAAGAAAGGAGGUGCUUACACCGGUGAGAUUAGUGCUGAGAUGCUUCUCAAUCUUGACAUUCCUUGGGUCAUUCUUGGACACUCUGAACGAAGGCUUUUGUUGGGUGAAUCAAAUGAGUUUGUUGGAGAUAAAGUUGCAUAUGCACUCUCUAAAGGUUUAAAGGUGAUUGCUUGUGUUGGUGAGACACUUGAACAGCGUGAGUCAGGAGCCACCGUGGAGGUAGUUGCUGCACAGACAAAGGCUAUUGCAGAGCGGAUAUCAGACUGGACCAAUGUAGUACUUGCUUAUGAGCCAGUUUGGGCAAUUGGAACCGGAAAGGUUGCUACACCAGCUCAGGCUCAGGAGGUCCACUAUGAAUUAAGGAAGUGGCUUCAAAUAAAUGUUAGUGUUGAAGUUGCAGAAUCAACCAGGAUCAUAUAUGGAGGCUCUGUAAAUGGAGCUAACUGCAAAGAGCUUGCAGCACAGCCUGACGUUGAUGGAUUUCUCGUCGGUGGUGCUUCUUUGAAGCCUGAAUUUGUGGACAUCAUCAACUCUGCUACCGUCAAGUCUUCUGCUUGAGCAGUCUGGACUCUCUCUCUCUCUCUCUCUCUCUCUCUCUCUCGAGGCUUGUGUAUUGACCUCUGAAUUUUGUGUUAAAAACACUCUUUGGCCUUCUAGAGUUUCUUGCUUAGAACUGGAGUGAAACAAACACUUGCAGGCAUGAAUAAGCCAUAAUCGAGGUUUUCUAACUAUCACGAUCAACAGUUUAUCAUCUGUUGUCAAUGGUUCCAUGAUUACUUGCUUUAAGCAAACAUGACAAGUAGAUGCCUUGUUCCCGAUCAAUCUAUUAUCUAUUUUCUGUCGA